ACCCCAACUCCACCUGCCACGUGCUGGUCUUCAUGACGGACGGGAACACCAACAUGGGGGGCUCCCCGGUGCCGGUGGUGGGGCAGAUCCGGGAGCUGCUGAGCAUCGGCCGGGACGUCCGCAACCCCCGCGAGGAUUACCUGGAUAUCUACGUGUUCGGGAUUGGGGCCAUGGUGAACUCAGAGAACAUCGCGGAGCUCGCCUCCAAGAAGAGCGGCGAGAAACAUGUUUUCCACAUGCAGGACAUCAAGGACCUGCAGAAGGCCUUCCACGAGAUGAUCGACGAGAGCGAGACGCUGAGCAUGUGCGGCCUGGGCUGGGCACACGAGGAGGCCGAUGACCACCAGAGAAACCCCUGGCACGUCAGCAUCAAAAUCGUCCGCCACGGGAAAGGGCAGGAGUCCUGCAAGGGGGCCCUGAUCUCCGAGUACUUCGUGCUCACGGCUGCCCACUGCUUCGACAUCAACGACGAGGCCGAAUGGAUCACCGUGGACGUGGGGAAGAACUCGGCGAGCAAGGUGGACAAACUCUGGAGUCACCCCCAGUACAACAUCGGGAAGCUUCGGGGCGCCGGGAUCCCCGAGUUCUACGACUACGACGUGGCUCUGCUGAAACUCAAGGACAAGAUCAAGUUCUCCUUCAAUGCCCGGCCCAUCUGCCUGCCCUGCACUGAGGGGACCACCCGCGCCCUGCGCAAGCCCCACCCGGAGACCACCUGCAACGACCACAAGCGGCUGCUGCUGACGGUGGGCGAGGUCCCGGCCCUCUUCGUGCACGAGCAGAAGCAGAAGCUGGAGCGGAAACUCGUGAACAUCAAGAACGGGGUCAAGAAAUCAGCCUGCGAAGCCGACGCGAAGAAGGCCCCGAUUUACGUUAACGUGACAGACGUGAGGCAGGUGGUGACACCCCGAUUCCUCUGUACCGGGGGGAUCGACCCCGUCGUGGACCCCAACACCUGCAAGGGCGACUCCGGGGGCCCCCUCAUCAUCCCCAAGGGCAAACGCUACAUCCAGGUGGGUGUGAUCAGCUGGGGCGUGUUCGACGUCUGCAAGCCGCCCAAGCGCAAGGCCCCGGCCCACGCCCGCGACUUCCACCUCAACCUCUUCACCGUGUUGCCCUGGCUGCGGGAGAAGCUGGCCGAGGAGGAGCUGGGCUUCAUCUGAGGGGACCCCAACCUGCCCCAAGGCCCCCCCGCACUGGAGUCCCCCCCACCGCCCUGUAAAUAAAGGUUCGCUUCACCACCCUGCUGCAUGGUGCGGCUGUGAGGCUCGUGAAAACAGA